AGCAAGCUUUCUCGCCUCUCAAGUCUCAAAUAAAAACCAGCAAUCUUGAUGAAGAGGAAAAAAGAAAAAAACAAAUGAGCUUGAGAAAUCUAAAUGAAUGGACCAUUAUUGCAAAAGAAGCAUUCAACGGAUCCUUCUUAGUAGCCAAAGCUCUUUGCUUUCUCCAUGUCACCAAAACCUAUGUUUUCACUAUUGCUUCUCUCUAUGGACCAAGUAUGCUCCCCACCUUUAGCAUUAGUGGUGAUUUGGCAUUAGUUGAGAAGAUUUCACACAGGCUUGACAAAGUAGGUUCUAGAGAUAUUGUUCUUGUUAUAUCACCUGUGGAGCCAAGAAAAAUUGUGACUAAAAGAGUUAUAGGUGUUGAGGGUGAUUCUGUUACUUAUGUUGUUGAUCCUAAAAAUAGUGAUAGAACUAAGACUAUUGUGGUGCCUAAGGGCCAUAUUUGGGUAGAGGGAGAUAACAUAUAUAAAAGCAAGGAUUCAAGAAACUUUGGAGCAGUUUCUUAUUGCCUUCUUGAAGGGAAAAUGUUUUGGAAGGCUGGUUAACUAGACUUGGUAGGUGUAGGAAAUUCUAUCAAGUAAUAUGAACUAAUAUUAUUGUAAAGAAUGUUGGUAGUAAACCAAAAACAUAUCUUACCAAUCCACAUGGAAGAGUGAUGGGGAAUAAGGGACGUCAUCUAAGACAAGACAACAUCAACUUGGGAUUGACAUGGUAGCCCAAACAGUAGGUACAAGCUUAAUGAGU